AUGGGCAGAGCACCAUGCUGUGACAAAGCCAGUGUGAAGAAAGGGCCAUGGUCUGCUGAAGAAGACUCUAAGCUCAAGGACUAUAUAGAGCAUAAUGGCACUGGAGGGAAUUGGAUUACCCUGCCUCAGAAAGUUGGUUUGAAAAGGUGUGGAAAGAGUUGCAGAUUAAGAUGGCUAAAUUACUUGAGGCCCAAUAUAAAGCGUGGAGAGUUCUCUGAAGAAGAAGAUGACAUCAUUUGUAGCCUCUAUAGUAGUAUUGGUACUAGAUGGUCUAUCAUUGCAGCCCAGUUGCCAGGAAGAACUGAUAAUGAUAUAAAGAACCACUGGAACGCAAGACUGAGGAAGAAACUGCUUCGAAAACUGAACGAUCAACAUUACCGUCAUCUAGUAGCAGGAGCAAAACAAAACGAAAUGAAUGAGCUUAAAGGGUAUGUCCCAUCAAAGAUCAAUAUAUGGCCAUAUGGGUAUGAAACACAAACUACAGCACAAGUAGAUAAGCAUGCAAAUAUAAAAAUGAAUUACCCUUAUGCUGAUUUUGACCCUAAAAUAGUCUCCCAGUUUUAUGAACAUGCCAAUUGUUCACAAGUAUACACCAUUGCUGAUACCAUCCCAAACACACAAUCAGCUACAUUUCAGCUCAAUCUUCAUCAAGCCUUUGGUAAUCAAAUGUCUCAGUUCAAUAAUGAUACUUCUCUUAGAAUGCCCAUAAAUAGGCAUGAGGUUACUCUCCUUGAUGUGUCAAACAGGAUGAAUAUGAGCAGCACCUCUCAAAUGGAACCAUCCAACUGUAUUACUAGUAAUAACAGCAAUAUCUCCCAACUCCUGAAUUCUACUAUUGGACUAGCAGCCCAGAUUUCAUAUCAGACAGCAGCUGCCCCUCCACUGGAAUGCACACCAUGGAUUGAAGAUCAUGUCAAAUUAGAAUGUUCAACAGUAUCUGGUGCACAACUCCCUGAAACUGUUAAUUCACCACUGUUUCCUCCUCUAAGUUACGGUGGCUUUCCUGAUGGAAUGAUCUACUCUACUGCACCAAAAACUAAUGCCUCAUUAUUCUUUGAGGCAAGAGAAGACAGUGUUUUGAAAGAAAACAAGACACAUAAUUGUGGGUCGGAAAAGAGGAAAACAACACUUGUGAUGGGUAUGGAGAUGGUGUGA